AUGCAUCUCCCCACCCCGCUCCUCAUCGCUUUAUCCUCCCUCCUCACCAUCACGACCAGUACUCCAAUCCUCCCCCGCGCCGCCCCCAUCGGCACACCCCACAACAUCUACCUCAGCACCUGCACAACCCGCUCCCUCCUCUCAGACAGCACCCUCUCCUCCGCGAUCCUCUACACCGGCCCCGCCUCCAGCACCUCCCCCACCGACAUCGGCACCGUCUCUUCUUCACGCGCGAUCCAAUGGGCCGGCUUCACACGGCGUGUCGAUCUCGAAUCCGGGGUGUUUGAGUCGAAGAUCAGUCAGAGUGCUGAUACUUUUGCGAAGAGUGAGCUUGCGGGGACGGCGGCUUUGAGUGGUACGGAUGGGGGCAAGGAGGAGUUUGUGUGCUUUAGGGAUGGACGGACGGGAAGCCGUGGUCUCAAGAUUCUAUGGUCGUAUGUGGAAGAAAUGGCGGAAGAAAUCGUCUCUAUUGUCGGGUUUGGAGUUUCUGACGUGAGGAUGGAAGACGGAAAGCAGUAG